UUUCAGCUAUCAAAGGAAGAAAUAGCAUCAGCUGCAUCAGCAGCAAAGCAGCUGAAAUGAGUGAUGACAGCAAGAGCGGAGAGAGAGAGCAGUGCCGGUGCUGCUGCAUUUCACACGAGUUCUUCAGAGCUGCAUCCAAGAACCCUAACAAAAUCGCGGUCAUACAUGCCUCCGGCGGGGCCCAAAUCUCCAAAGAACUCAGCGUCGGCGAUAUUGAUUCUGACAAGCUUCUCAAGGAGCGUGCGAAAUCGCUGUCCCCUCCCGUUUACGAAGGUGAUGGGUGCUUCACUUAUUCUGAUAUUUUGGCCGCCGUCGAUUCCCUCAGCGCUCGCCUCCGCUCGAUCUUCCUUGGUCGUGCUGCUGCUGAUGACCCGCACUUGGUCGCACACUCUCCUCAAGGUAAUGAUACUUUUAAGGAGCCGCCCAACCAUGCUCAAAUGGCAAAAUCUUCAGCUUCUUUCAUGCUGAGGGCAGAGCAAUCGCCUGAGUUUAAGAAUAUGUAUGUGCCGAAAAUAGUGGGAAUAUACCUGCCACCUUCGGUGGAAUACAUAGUUGCUGUUCUUUCUGUAUUGAGAUGCGGGGCGGCUUUCAUGCCUCUAGAUCCUUCCUGGCCAAAAGAGAGGAUAUUAUCAGUUUCUGCUUCAUCAGAUGUUGAUGUAAUUAUCGGGUGCGCAUCUUCGUUUGGGACGAGUAGCGGUUACCAGCUUGAUAGAUCACAUUGGCUAUUAGAGUGCAGCAGCUAUUCUGUGUUGUGCUUUUCCAUGGAAGAAUGCCUUGAAGAGUAUAUCCAACCAACAAAUUUGGUAUGGCCUUGUGAAAUUGGAGAGGAAAGACUUUUCUGCUAUUUGAUGUACACUUCAGGAUCAACUGGGAAGCCUAAAGGUGUUUGUGGCACUGAACAAGGUCUUGUAAAUCGCUUUUUAUGGAUGCAAGACAUGUAUCCCCUGCAAGGAGAGGAAAUUUUAUUGUUCAAGACUUCAAUUAGCUUCAUUGACCACCUGCAAGAAUUUCUUGGUGCUAUUCUGACUGCUUGUCCGUUGGUUAUACCUCCUUUCAGUGAACUAAAAGACAAUAUGUUCUCUGUUGUUGAUUUUCUACAGGUUUAUUUUAUUAAUAGGCUUACUUCUGUUCCAUCAUUGAUGAGGGCAAUACUUCCUGCUUUGCAAAGUCAGAGUAACAGGGGCAUUCCAAGUUCAUUAAAGUUGUUGGUGCUAAGUGGUGAAGUUCUGCCUUUAUCCUUGUGGGAUAAGCUUGCCAAGUUAUUACCGGAGACCUCUAUUUUGAACAUUUAUGGGAGUACAGAGGUAUCAGGUGAUUGCACAUAUUUUGACUGCAAGAGGUUGCCGAUGAAUUUGGACAUGGAUACGCUAACAAGUGUUCCAAUUGGUAUGCCUAUUUCUAACUGUGAUGUACUGCUUGUUGGCGAAAAUGGCACACCUAAUCAAGGAGAAAUAUAUGUUGGUGGUGUCUGUGUUUCUAGUGGGUAUUAUUCUGAUUCUACUAUUAUGUCUCUAAACUGUGCAAAAUUGCCUCAGAACACAGUUGGUAGCAGUUCCACUGGACAUGGAAGUCAAUUAUAUUUUAGAACUGGUGAUUUUGCUAGACGGCUCCAAAGUGGUGACUUAGUUUUUUUGGGAAGAAAAGACCGCACUGUGAAGGUUAAUGGGCAACGAAUUGCUUUAGAGGAGAUUGAAGAUGUGUUAAGGGCGCAUCCUGAUGUUCUUGAUGCUGCUGUGAUUUCAAGUAAAGGUCAAUGGGAACUUGUGGCUCUUGAAGCAUUUAUAGUCUUAAAACAAGAAAGAUCCAGUAAAAUAUUUAGAUCAUCCAUCCGAAGUUGGAUGGUUGACAAACUUCCGUCAGUAAUGCUUCCUAACCACUUCACCUUUACAGAGUCGAUACCUGUGUCUUCUACCGGAAAAGUUGAUUAUGAGUUGUUGGCAGGUUUAACAUCUCUCACUGAGCAUGUCCAAGGUAAGAUUGGUGACAUGGGGAGCAGUGAUCUCUUGCAAGUUGUUAAAAAGGCUUUUACUGAUGCAUUAAUGGUUGAAGAAGUUUCCGAUGAUGAUGAUUUUUUUAUGAUGGGUGGUAAUUCUAUUGCUGCUGCACAUCUUUCUCAUAAUUUAGGGGUUGAUAUGCGAUUAAUUUAUGACUUUCCAAGUCCAUCUAAGCUUUAUCUGGCUCUUCUAGAGAAAAAAGGACCAUGCCCUUUGCAUAUCAAAAAAGAUGCUAAUUGGGAAAUGAAUCUUGAUGAGGGUAAGAGGAACAUGCUUCACUCCAUUAAUUUUGAGGCUCCAGAUCCUGGUGUCUUUAAGCCACAGGGGAGUUUGUUGAGGACCUCUGUUGAAAAGAAUGACAGUAAUGUUGUAGUCUCCAAACGCUUAAAGGUGGAUUCAAAUAUAUAUGUUACUCCAGACGGUGCUAGUCCAAGAGAUGGGUAUGUAUGGGAUUCUGCUUCAAAAUUCAUGUCAUGUUCAGCCAGCCGAUGCAACAAGGUUAUGUAUGAAGGGGGGUACAGCAGGAAUAAAAUAUGCCAAGCAACCUGGCCUGUGAAAAUUCCAAGAGAUAGAAAAGGUUCUAUGCAAGCAUUUUGGAAAGUUCACAUGGAGUCUUGUGUUGAUGCAUCACCGAUAGUUGUGUUUAAAGACCGGGAUAUCUAUUUAUUUAUCGGAUCUCACUCAUGUAAAUUUCUGUGUGUUGCUGCCAAAAGUGGUUCUGUCCAGUGGGAGAUCAAACUAGAAGGGCGCAUUGAAUGUUCAGCAGCAAUUCUUGGUGAUUUUUCUCAGGUUGUAGUUGGAUGCUACAAGGGGAAAAUAUAUUUUCUUGAUUUUUCAAAUGGCAACAUAUGCUGGACCUUUCAAACGUCUGGUGAGGUGAAGUCUCAGCCAGUUGUAGACAUACACAGGCGAUUGGUUUGGUGUGGAUCGCAUGACCAUAAUUUAUAUGCUCUCGACUACAAAAAUCAUUGCUGUGUUUAUAUGGUUCCAUGUGGUGGGAGUAUAUAUGGAUCACCUGCAAUUGAUGAGGUGCAUAACACACUCUAUGUGGCUUCUACCAGUGGCCGUAUGACAGCUAUAUCAACUAAAACUUUACCAUUUAAUAUUUUGUGGCUGCAUGAGUUUGAAGUGCCAGUGUUUGGGUCUCUUGCCAUCAAUAGUCUGAAUGGAAAUGUUAUUUGUUGCUUGGUGGAUGGCCAUGUUCUCGCAUUGGAUUCAAGUGGAUCCAUUCUUUGGAAGUACAGAACUGGUGGUCCAAUAUUUGCUGGACCGUGCAUAUCUGCUGCUUUUCCUUCUCAGGGGCUUAUAUGUUCCAGAGAUGGAGGCAUCUAUUCACUUGAACUGGAAAAGGGAGAUCUACUCUGGGAAUACAAUAUUGGAGAUCCGAUUACUGCGUCUGCUUAUGUCGACGAGCACUUGCAGUUGAUAUCUUGUCCCUCCCUUUUAUCUGACAGGUUGAUUUGCGUCUGUUCCAGUUCUGGGAGCAUACGUAUACUUCGAGUUAUCAACAGACAGGAGAGUGAAACAGGAAUAAACGUAGAGGAAUUUGCAAGGUUGGAUCUCCAGGGAGAUGUAUUCUCAUCACCUGUCAUGAUUGGUGGCAGAGUUUUUGUUGGAUGCAGGGAUGAUUAUGUGCACUGCAUUAACCUUGAAAUUCAAGGUCUAUGGGAAUAAUAGAGCUUAUAUGUGGCUGGAUUUUGUUAUCAACCACAAGCUGUCACCAUAUCAUCGUGGUGCCAUCAUGAUGUAAUUCUUUGUGUAAAUGACCACAAUUACGAUAAAUAAUACAAAUCAAUUACACACAAGAA